AUCCUCUUCUUUUGUUUUAGCUAUUUUGAAGGAUGCCGACCUGUCUACGAUAACUGCUAAAAAAAUUCGGCAGCAGCUUGAAAAGAAACUGGAUGUGGAUCUCUUGAGCAGGAAGAAAGAGUUUGACGAAAUAGUGUUAGAAUGCAUGGAGGAGAAGGAAAAGAAGGGUAAGGACUCGAAGAAGAAAAAGAAGGAAGAUGAUGAUGAAGAGGACGAGGAUGCGGAGGAAGACGAGGAAGAGGAGGAGGUAGCGGAGGAUGAAGACGAGGAGGAGGACGAGGUGGAAGAGGAUGAGAAGCCAAAGGCAAAGAGGGGAAGCAGUUCCAAGAAGCCCGUGGCGAAGCGGUCGAAGAAAGGAAGCAGCGAGGAGUCCGAAGAAGGCUCAGAAGAGGUUAGUAUCCUGUAGCUUCAUUGCUGUGCG